UUUUACUUUUCUCAAUCAUUUAAAUAACACAACAUUUACAUUUGAUGCAAAAUUCUUGAUUUACGUAUUAUUAUGCUUAUUAAUCGUGCAUUAUGUCAACGCUGGGCAACUCAAGUGACUUACAGAUUUCAUGCCAAUGGCUGUUGGAAACUCCAGCCCAGUCGACACAGUUUAAGUACAAAGCCAUCAUGGUGGCAGCUGCAACGGCCACCGGUGCGUCACUUUCAUGGUCACAGAACACGCAACAGCAAUAUAAAACCUCUAGUCGGUGAGCCCAUAACAGAAGCAGGCGGUGGCUCUGUCCCACCACGCAAUAUAAUCAAGGCAGUCGUCUUUACUGGUGCAUUCAGCAUUGGAUGUUUCGCUGGUGCAACAAUAAUGGAGUACGAAAACACACGCAGUAUGAUAUUGAGUAAAGCAAAGCAGGCGCGUUUUGGAUUUUGGCAGAAUCGUACACUUGCAGAUCGCGACACUUGGGGGCAUCUAAAACAGGACAUACGACGUUUUUGGGACUCACUGACGCCGGGUGAUAAGACAUUUGCACCUAUACUGGUUUGUAAUCUGCUGGCAUUUGCUUUGUGGCGUGUGCCGUCCAUGCGCAACACCAUGCUUUCAUAUUUCACAUCGAAUCCCGCUGCACGCAUCGUUUGCUGGCCCAUGUUUCUUUCCACAUUUAGUCACUACUCUCUAAUGCACAUAUUUGCCAAUAUGUACGUGCUGCACAGCUUCUCCAAUGCUGCGGUUCUCUCACUGGGCAAGGAGCAGUUCAUGGCUGUGUAUCUGAGUGCUGGAGUCUUUUCCAGCUUAAUGAGCGUGCUCUACAAAGCAGGCACGAGGCAAGCUGGCAUGUCGCUGGGUGCCUCUGGAGCUAUAAUGACAGUCCUGGCGUAUGUUUGUGCACAGUAUCCAGACACACAAUUAAGUAUAUUGUUUCUACCCGCUGUUACAUUCUCAGCGGGUGCGGCCAUCAAAGUCAUCAUGGGCAUCGAUUUUGCAGGCUGCGUAAUGGGCUGGAAGUUCUUUGAUCAUGCGGCUCAUUUAGGCGGCGCCAUGUUUGGCAUAUUCUGGGCACACUAUGGCGCACAAUUGUGGGCAAAACGCAUCAGUUUGCUGAAUUAUUAUCACGAACUGCGCCGAACGAAACACAAAUAACAGAAGUUAUCAAUUGUGUUAUGUUGCAAACGUAGAUCCCCAGAGGCUGGCUGGUUAUCAUGAGUUAGGUUCAAAUAAAACGCCACC